AUGGAAAGCCUCACGCUAGAUGACGGCCAGUCUUAUCACCGAUAUCAAGCCCGCAUGCGACUAAAAGACCAUCGACAUCCUCCACGUUUGCCUACUCCAGAGACGUCCAGGAGUGGGAACGAUAGCCAGAGUCCUCCGGAUAGCAGUCAUCCAGCUCGCGAUCCUAUGUUGCGGAGUGGUGGUGUCACCCAUAUGCGCCAUGACAGUCACAACUCUGCUGGACAGCCCUCUCCUCCCUAUCGCCAAACGGAUAUGCAGAAACUCUCACUGCCUCCGCUUAAGACGAUCCUUGGUGACAGCAUUACGAGUCCGCCGAGGACCCCGAGUCCGAACGGGAACUCUCUGCAGCCUUCCCCAAGGGAGCCGCUAUACACAGCCUUGACUUACAAGCCGCCUUCGUUGUAUCCGAACAAGAAGCAAAGAACCGACUCUCUCAUUGCUUCGGCGCCAUCGUAUUCACACUUUGCUCCUUCUGCGACACUUGAGCCGCAACACCAUCCUUCGUCAAUGAGGUCAAAUGUUCGUUUUCCUCCGAUAUCACAGAUGCCCAGUAUGGAUGCACGCCGAGGAUCUUCGCACUCGGUCUCAACUCCUCACUCCGCCGUGAGCCCGUCUUGGACGAGAUCAUACCCUUCAGCUACGAAUGAGGGACAUAGACCCAAUCAGGACGCUGCUAGGCACUAUCAGACACCCGAACAGACACCUACCUCUGCCGUAACGGAACCGUUUCCCAGAAUGGGCACUUUUGCCGGGGCUGUCCAAGAUCCAUUUGCGAGGGAUUUACGUGGUAGUUUUGCGCAUCCAGACGAGCGCUCUGCUUCGCGUAGGUCAUCAGCCGCCAGCGUAUACAGCGUCUAUCAUUCGAGGCCAUACGAUCGCGAGCCAUCCAGAACUCUCCCAUAUCACCAAGGAUCGCGUUAUCCUGGCGCGGUCAGGGAUGGGUAUCCAGAGAAUGGUGACAGCGCACAUUGGCACGAGCAACAGCCUAGGUCUAUGGAUGCAUGCGGACAGAAUGCCUAUCCCAGCAACGUGCCAGCUUUCUUUAUGCCCAGUCACUACGAGUAUCAGCACGGCAAAGCUCGAAAGAGAAGCAACCUGCCAAAGCAAUCCACUGAGAUUAUGAAGACAUGGUUUGAUCAGAACAUCACAAACCCUUACCCCAGUGAGGAGCAGAAGGCCAUCUUCUCAAGUGCAACCGGUAUCAGCAUGACACAAGUAAGCAACUGGUUUAUCAACCACCGUCGGCGUUGCCCAGAACUCCGCGACAAGCGGGAAAAGAGCCGUGGUGGCAGUCGCGACAUGGACAUGUGA